AAUGAACUUGCACAACCAACAGGGCUGUGGCGUCAUGUUUGAGCCCCCUGCUACCUGCAAAGAGUGGUCAAAGACUCUUUCAAAGCAUUGUACAUAUUUCUAGCGAAUCAUUCAUUUUAAACAUCUUAAUCUCGCCAGGAGAAUAAAUGGCACAUAAUUAAAUGCAUCAGGCACAAAAAGUUCGGUCACUGAAGAAACUCCAAUGGCCAUGGGACUUUUUUUCACGCAGACUCAGACCUAUGCGCAAGCCCUGUAUAAUGUAAAGCGGAGACUGCUGGUGAGAUAGUGAAAAGCAGGGAUUGUAGGAGCUGGAAGCUGUUAGCACUGAGCCGAGCCAGAGACUGCAGCUCCAGGGCUGACACUCGCCUCUGUGCUUUCAAGCUCCUGGAUGUGAAAGAGGCGAGAGCCUGCCAGAGUCUGUGCUAGUCGCAGCCUUUGGACAGAGAGGGCUUUCUGUUUCAUUUCUCUUUCCUCAGGAAAAGAAAGUUGACAAUCACUUGUGCACAGACGUUGCUGAGGGACUCUGUGCUAAAAUGCAGUAGCAGUUGUAUCUUUGCUUUUAGCCGGGUCCGGCGGAUUAUAAUUCUGAGAAAGAAGAGUUAAAAGUGUUGCAUACGGAGCUGGACAAUAGACAGAAAGGGAGUAGCCAGAGUCCACUGCCUGGAUAUCCGGAUUGAAAGACGCUUCGUUUCUUCCUCAACAAAAUCGUUGCUGUUUUUGUUCCUAUGACUGCUCCGGGUUAAGAAGCGCCGCGGAGAUGUUGGCAAAGUGGAAAGUGUCACUUGCUUGUUCUAUCGAAACCAACAACUAAAUCGGAUCUCACCGUGAACCGCUUGGAUGAAGAUGGGGAACGAAAUCUGCUUCCCCACAGUUUGCUUUGUUGUUUAAAGACUGCGUCUGAUGUCGGGAUCUCUGUGGCUUUCUCUACUGAUUCCAGAACUUACCGAUCAAGAUGUUUUAGAAGCAGGGCAGUCUGUGUGAGGGCUCCUUAUCGUAUUUCGCUGCCCGUUUCAAUUGUUUGACCCGACCCUGUGGUUCCUGGUCACUCGGGGAUGGGCUUGAUGAUGAGAAGUUACAGGGUGCUCCCGGGCAGCUUCCUCCUGCUCGCCGCUGCUUUCGUGGUCGCCCCAACUCCGGCCAGUGCCAGCGGAGAGUACUGUCACGGCUGGCUGGAUUCUCAGGGGAGCUGGCACCAAGGCUUUCAGUGUCCCGAGCGCUUCGACUCGGGCUCGGCUACCAUCUGCUGCGGCUCCUGCUCCCUGCGCUACUGCUGCUCCAGUACUGAGGCCAGACUCGACCAGGGCCGCUGUCACAACGAUCAACCGGCUGGAGGCAGCGGAGCCCAGGCCGGCGGCGAGGGCACGGACAGCGCUAACUCCUCAGCAGUUCCAAUCUACGUGCCUUUCCUCAUUGUUGGUUCUGUAUUUGUGGCCUUUGUCAUCGUGGGCUCAUUUGUGGCAAUCUGCUGCUGCAGGUGUCUCAAGCCUAAGGAGGAACCACAACAGAGCAGAGCUCCAAUGGAAAAUCGCCUCAUGGAAACGAUCCCGAUGAUUUCAAGUUCCGGCAAUCCCAGAGGAUCCUCAUCCAGGCAAUCCAGCACUGCUGCCAGCUCCAGCUCCAGUGCCAACUCGGGGGCCAGGGCCCCUCCUCUAAGAACACAGACAAACUGCUGUCUGCCUACAGAAGGGACAAUGAAUAAUAUAUACUUGAAUAUGCCACCUAAUUUCUCUGUGAUGAACUGCCAGCAAGCUCCACAGAUUAUGCCACACCAGGCUCAGAUUUUACACCCUCAAUAUUUGGGUUAUGCUGUGCAACAUGAUUCUUUGGCAAUGACCCCUACUCCUCCCUACAUAGAUGGACUGCAGAAUGGUUUCCGACAGAUGCAGACCCCCUUCCCUCAUGUUAGUGGGAAUACUGAACAGAUGAUGUAUACAACAGUAACUGUUUAGAAAGAUACUUCUCAAUUUUUGUUAAUAUCUACUAUGAGAAGUCUCUUCCUUAAAAUGCGAGAAGUGUAACUCAAUUUGAGUUUCUGAAAUCAAUUAGUUUGUCAACUUUAUCUCAAAUGAGAUGGCAAAAAAAAUUUCAUUAUGUGUACAAUGAAAACAUGUUUUUAAAUUUGCUACCCUGGCAAUGAUCCUAUGAAUAUUUGUGAUUAGCACUGGCAUGCUAAUGCUCCUGGGAGUAUCUGAUGUUAGUGUUGCCCAGGUAAUGCUCUGGGAAUAUCUGGUGGUUAGUGCUGCCUAGCUAAUGAUAUUAGGAGUACCUGAUGGUCAUUGAUGUUCAAUUGUGGUUUGGAAGCACUUGAUUGGUGAGUAUUGUAACAGGCUCGGAAUUGGGGGUAUAACACUGGUUGUUGUUGCCCAAUGAUGAGUUUAUGCUGGUCGGUUCUGUCUCAUUGAUGAUUGUGGCAGUAUAUGCAAUUGGUUCUGUUCCAUUGCUUAGAGCAGACAGGGUGACUGCACUAAUGAUCACACAUUAAAGUUCAGAGUGGGAUUGGUAAUUUAAAUAUUGUCUUGCCUAUUGACUAUGAUGAAUAGGCAACUAUUCUUAUAAGAUGCUACACUGUCUCUAAAUCCAUGCCCCUCCGUCGAUACAGAAAACUGUACCAUUUCAUAAAACCAUGUGUUCAUUGUCAGUAUCUCACACUGGCACACCUCUACACUGCUGUUUCCAGAAAUAACCAAUCAAUUCCUGUUAAGACAACAAGGGCAUUUUGGAUACUCCAAAUUUAAAUUUGUUGUACAGGAUCACAAUUUAGUCCAAAACAAAGGAAAUGCAAAUACCUAUAGAUAUUCAUGAAAAAUGUAUUUGAAUCUUAAGCAAUUUUGUCUAGAAGUUUUAACUGUGAAGCUAGUUAACAGCUUGAAUGCAGUCAUGGAAAGUCGUCACCUUUACAUGGCCAGUUCUGCUAACAGCAAUCUAUUUGUUAGGAUGGAAAGUGCCACAAUCAGUUUAUUAUCUCUGAUAGUUUUGUAAUAAAUUCACUCCAGAGUAAGGGGUCCAUGUCUGCUGUGAUUUCAUACACCAACUAAAUGUGCUUGAAUUUUUGGUGUAAGAGUUAAUUAACCUGAAAUUCAAUUUUAAUUAUAUGGUGAGAUUGCGUCAGUUUCCAGCUCCAUAAUCAUGGCUCCAUGAAUAUAAUUCAGCCAUCAUUCCCCAUUAAUUCUGAGAAUUUUCCAUAGAAAUCAGGUAUUUAGUUCAUUCUCAUUUAUUUCAAAUAAUUCAGAAGUUGUACCAGGGAUUUUACUUAUGCUGGUUGUAUUUAUUGGAACCUCUACCAGUAGACCACAAAUGGACGUUUAAUUCAGAAUUGGUUGGUUUUGAAUGUUCACAUAUUGAGAAUAGUUGUUACUUUACAAAAGAGGUUCAAAGAGAGCACCUAUGUUAGUCCUUUUUAAACUUAUACUGUAAAAUGUGAUAUGCAAGUUGCAGAAGUGUACUUCCUUAAUUUUAUUGGUUGAUAUCGUAGUAGAAGUUGUACAAAUAACUAUGAAGGAGCAACUUUUACACUGGAAUACCUUGCCAUAUGAAUGAAAUGUAGACUAAUACAUAAUUUCAAUACUCAACUUUAUUUCAGCUUUUGUUGUGAAACAUGCUGAAAUCCUGAUGAUGUGGAGGUCAUCAGUCAAAAGAUUCUUCUUAACACAAAUUCAUUUUUAUAAAAUCAAUUUUUACCAUUUUUAAGACAAUGUGAUUGAUCCCUUAAGUAUCCAAACAUCUAUUCAAUAUUUGCAUUGAUUGUGAAAACUAUGCAAACAAAAUAACUUUUAUGCAAAAGAAUACAAAUGAUCUGUGUAAAGAAGAUAAAAAAAAUAACUUGCACACCAGGGAAUUUGUUGUACUUGCUGAUGGAACGUUAUAUGACAUGUAUUUGAAAAUUAAUUAUUUAUUCAGUAAUGUCAUCCUUAAUUGCUUUGCAUUCAGCCAUAGUUAUAAACAGAAUGUGUUGCUCUGUGGACAACUUUCUCUUUCCUGGUUGUAUUUUAGAGAAUUAUUGAAAAUAGAAGUGAAAAUAAAACUUCUACCUCUGACCAGUAGUCCUCAACAUGUGUGGCAUUGUUCAGUGGAACAGUUCAGUCCACAUGGCAGCUCUUUAUAACUGUGCUGCCCUUCCGGUCAUCACUUGGGUGUUGGAAGUAUAAAGCUCACCUUCAUAAAUAACAAAGUGUGGAGCUGGAUGAACACAGCAGGCCAAGCAGCAUCUU